CUUCGAACGAGUUGCAGCUCUCUUCUCGAAGCAGAGGUCCUGCAGGAGGAAACUGAGAAAUCCCGGAAUCCAGGCGAUUUCCGCCUCUCGCUUCAGGAGGAGAGAGAAAGGGGGAGCGAGGCGGUAUGUGAGUGGUUUUAGUGGAGUCACUGGGGAAGCGAUCUGAGUCACAAGAAGCCACAAGCUGGGCGACCCAGAGGAGUUCAGAGGGAACCAAAAGAAACUUCCCGAGACAGUGAAGUUUGAAAAGAAAAUAGUUACAGAUUUUUAAAACAAGUUUGAGAGUUGCAAAUUCCAAGCUUCUGAAUUAAAACUUUUUUUUGGCCUCAGUGAAAUCGAUAAGGUUUGCAAAGUUUGCUUAAAAAAAAAACAAAAAGAACCCUGCAUGAUUCAUUCGGAAGAAGACAGAACUUGGACCGAGAAAGUUUCAGGAAAGUUUGUACAGUGAAUCACCUCUGAACCCCAUACCAGGCGAUGUUUCGCGCUUGGGCAAGUUGUUCAUCUUUCAGUAAAGUGGCUCUAGAACAUAUUUAAAGGGACGGUUUAACGAGUGGCCGUCGCUUUAUUCGUUCACCGAGCUCCGUUUUCAGCCGCAACCAAUGUCUCAAGGUAACAAGGGCUGCAAUCACACACAGCAGGGAGCAGCAGCGCCUACAGCGCAAGGAACCCGACCAUCCCGGGACAGAGGGAAUGAAAAUGAAGACGGAGAAGACCAGGCAUUGUUGAGAGAGGAUACUGCACCAUUCAGUGAGCAGGAAGCAGAGAACGAGACCGGAGGUCACAGUUCAUCAGUAGAUACUAUAACGUGUCAACCGCAGCCUACCCCUUCAACAAGUUACUUCACGCCAGGAAAGGUUGCCGUAGGCCCUGUGUCGUCACAAAAUGCUGUUAGACAGGACACCCAGCCAAACAGCACCAUCUCUGAAGCUGCUUACAAGCCACAGAGUCCAGUUACCCUCUCUCCAGUUGGACCCAGAGUGCACAGCAGUGCUGUGGCACAGUCGGCACCAUCAACCUCACACUACAAGCAUGGCAAACUGCAGUCCUACCCGUCCAUCAACAGCCACAGCAGUAAGAAGAGCAAAUCCAGUUCCAGGUCAACAGCAUCUCAGAUCCCUUCUGACGCAGACGAAGACUGCUGCGUGCACUGUAUUCUAGCCUGCCUUUUCUGCCAGUUCCUCACCCUGUGCAAUAUCGUACUAGACUGCGCGACCUGCGGCUCCUGCACCUCCGACACCUCCUGCUGCUGCUUCUGCUGCGGCUCCGAGGAAUGUGCGGCCUGUGACUUGCCCUGCGAUCCAGACUGCGGGAUCGUGGAUGCGUGCUGCGAGUCGGCGGACUGCCUGGAGAUCUGCAUGGAGUGCUGUGGCCUCUGCUUCUCCUCUUAAAUGUGAAUUCUGGAAAUCUCGUCCAGGACUUAAUGAGUGUCUGACUGGAUGGUUGGUCAUGAUGUACCUUCAAGGUUCGACGACGAGCAAGGAACAGUUUGGAAAUCUCUUUCAUCCUGGUGGCUGUCAAGACAUAAAGAUGAGACGUAUGUCACUGUGGUGUUAGUGACAUCUAUUUCAAUUUUUUUAUUAGUCAGCUAGAAGGUUUGCCAAUUGUUGCUCAAACUUUUCAACUUCCAAAGCUUUCUGUGAACAGGAUUUUGUUAUUCCCCUUUACCCAUUAGAAUAUUCUUCUGAUAAUUUCAUUAUGAAUCAAAGCUUCAGUCUUCAAGGAUACGAUCCUGACUUUGCUUCCCGCAGGAAGUGGGGCAGGAAGAGCUGUUGUAGGUAGAAAGUUGUUGAGGUGAAUCUGGUCAGAUUGUGAGUGAGCACUGCUAAGGAGGGAUUAGUUUUAUGUUCCCAAUCCUCACACUGCUAGGUCAACAUCUACCUCUUAUGCCUCACAGUGAAUGAUUUACUAAGAGGCUCUGACAAAGUGAAGGCAGAAAAUAAUUUCAUUACUUAUGCUUGACAGUGGUACACGAUCACAUUGGUUUCCAAUGGGAGAGGAUGUUCAACCUAUCUAACUCACUUAUACAUAGAUUUCCUUUGAAAACCUGAAUCCCAUCUGUAGAGUAAGAGACGGCUGUUUCUUCUUGCUUGAAGCCUAUUAACACGACUGGGGACAGGAAUGGUACUUACAAUCUAUACACACAAAAAAAUGCUGGUGAACGCAGCAGGCCAGGCAGCAUCUAUAGGAAGAGGUGCAGUCGACGUUUCGGGCUGAGACUUACAAUAACUUUUACAUGAGGAAAAUAGUGAGAGGGAGUUUAGCAAACUGCAUCCUGUGGCCACCUGAAAAAUACCCUUCCUUACCAGGGUGGCACAAUAGCAUAAUGUUAUUUCAGCACCAGCGACCCAGGUUCAUUUCCUGCCGCGGGCUGUAAGGAGUUUGUACGUUUUCCCUGCGACCAUGUGGGUUUCCUCCGGGUGCUCCAGUUUCCUCCCACAUUCCAAAGACGUACGGGUCAGUACAGUAGGUUAAUUGGUCACAUGGGUGGAAUUGGAUAGCAUGGGCUCGUUGGGCCAGAAGGUCCUAUUACUGUGCCAUAUCUCUAAAAAAAAGUUAAUAUAACAUAAAUGCUAUGUCGGACCACCUAUUGUAUACCCAUUGUAUACCACAGGCUGCCCCAUCACCAAGCUACUUCACACCAACAAAUGCUGCACUAAGUGUUAAGUGUCAGGCAGGACAACCAGCCAAAUAGCUGCUUGCAAUCAAUCAACCAAGCACUACUGGGACCAGAAGAACCAGAACUUGUAAACUAUCCUUAACAGGUUUUAGGUUUCAGACUUCUUGGGAUCUUUUCCCCCCACAUGUGAAGUUUAUUAUGAAGAAUGAAAAAAUAUAGAAAACAAGGUCCAAUUUUCUCAUGAAUUCAUAGUACUUCCACUGGUCACCUCAUGUUAUAAUGGCCCCUUCAACUAAACUGGCCCUUCCCUUCACUGCUGCUGGUCUCCAAAUUCAAAUAAAGUUACAUUGCCUAUCUUUGUCUUGUCAAAAGACAAUUAAACUGCAGAUAUAGGAAGGUGCUUGAUCACAGCCAAGUAUUUCUUUUCUCCAUAACCUUCUCCAGUUCUCCACUCCCCCACUUCCAGACAAAUUACCAGUUGAGGAUGCAAAAAGGAAGAAAUAAUAAUCCAGCAGAUGAAAUCUGCAGAAAUCUGAAAUUAAAAGAAAGAAUGCUGGGGAUACUUAGCAACUCAGGCCACAUUUCAAGGAAAUGAAGCAGAAUUAGCUUACUAGGUUGAUGACUUUUAUCUGAACUAUGAUAAAAUGUGCUAAUGAAAGAUAGUUUAUCGGAAACAUUACUUCUGUUUCCUCUUCCACGGAUACUGCCUGAUCUGCCGAACAUCCCCAGCAUUCAUUAUUUUUGUGCCUAUGAAGGUUUGCUAAAUAAGAGCAAUGACCAAUCUCUCUCUGUCUGAUCAAGGCCAUCUGCUUCACCCUAAAGAAACUUACCUAAAACUUUGACCUAGCUGGAAUUAAAACUGUUUUGUGUAGUCCAGUAGCUAUUGAAGGAAAUAAACUGCUCAGUGGAUGUACCCACUCAGAUUAUUGACCUUUAUUACAUCUGACCAUGUGCUUUGAAUGGCAGCUGUGAAUUAGGUGAUGGAAUCUCUCCUUGAUCUGUGAUAAAAUUUUCUUUGGAAAUAUUAUCAACACAAAUGUAUAGAAACUAAUUUGCAUUAGAUGAGAAAAUAAUACAAGUUUUAUAAUGCGGUAUCAGUACUCCCUGCUGCCAAACCUUAAAAAAAAGAAGGGAAGCGGAGUAUUUGGUUAUCAUGGUAACUGGCUAUCGUGUGGAAUGUCUGUCUUGAAGAAUGCUGGAAGCAGACACAGCAAUAAUUUUAUAAAAAGAUUUAGGUAACUAUUUAAAUGGAUGUAUUUGCAUGGUAGCAGAAAAGAACAGGGGAAUAGGACCAAUCAGGUGUCUCCUUCAAACAUCUACCACAGCUCUAAUAAAUUAAAUGAUUUCUGUAGUCUGUGAACUCUUCCUUGAGUUAACAUAGUAACUGGAACUAGUUGUUUAUUCAAAUACUAGAACACUGAAACAGAAUGCAGUUAAAUUAGUAAGAGUGUUGUUUUAAUUUCUGUGUAUUCUGGUUUGAUACAAUAUAUUUUUAGUUGCUGCAUGAUGCUCUAGAUUCAAUAGUCACCAAGGCAGAAUGGCUCACUUGUGAACGGGGCUAUAUCAAGUUGUCUGCAAAUUUAAUAUUUUGCCAAGGUUUGUUUUUUUUUAGUUUUUGGGUAGCUAACUUUACCUUUCUUGUAUUCCUGAAUGAAACAUUAAUAGUUAAGGUUGUUCAGAUGUUUGGGGCUGCUCGGUUUACAAUGCUGCUACACCCCAAGCACUCCACUUCCUCCCAAUGUCCUCACACUAAAAUCAAGAUUCGCUGCUCCAGAUCUUUCUUGAAGUGCUCCUUCCUUAGGAUGUCAAACUGUGAAACUCCCAAAUCCCUCAGGGGUAACAUUAAAUAAAGGGCCAACAGUUAUGGAAUUAAUAUGUAGGUUCUGAGAAACAUUAUUCAUUCAAGCCAUAAAAAAUGGUACAGAUUGUCAAGAGAAAUUAAAGAUAAUAUUAAAUCAAAACAAAAGGCUAAAAAUAUUCCAAAAGACAGUAAUAUGCCUGAGGAUUGGGAAUAUUUCAGAAUCCAGCAGAAAGAGAACCAAGGCAUUAAUAAGAGAAACACAGGAGACUGCAGAUGCUGGAACGUGGAGCAACACACAAAACGUUGGAGACACUCAGCAGAUCAGACAGUAUCAAUCGAGGGAAAUGUACAGUCAAUAGUUCAGGUCAAAGCCUUUCAUCUGGAUGGAAGAUGAGAUGUUCACUUGAUAAGAAGAGAGUGGGUACAAGAGUAAUAUAGUGAGGAAAAAAGAGAUUGUAAGACCUGAUGUAGAUGUGUAAAAAAUAGCUAAAAUUAGUGUGGGUCUAUGAAAGACAAAGAGGAGAAAUUACAUUGGGAAGGGAAAAUGGUUUCUAAGGCAUAAAACGUCCAGGAAAUAUUGGAUAGCUAUGGGUUUGGGGUGAAUGAGGAGGUGAAAUAUUAACAUUCAAAAAAGGAACUGAACUGAAGCAUGAUAAAUUUGCAUGGCCUAAUGGUCUGUAUCUUAUGGUUUUGAAAGGGUGCCGAUAGAAAAGUUGAUUUUUCCACUGAUUGUCAUCUUCUAAAAUUCCAUCAAUCUAAAAUGUUUUCCAUAUGUUGCAAGUAUAGCAAAUAUAACCCUAUCGUUUUUGAAAGGAAGGAAAGAGAAAACAGGGAAAUUCAGAUCCGCCCCUUGUAUUGAAAAUGCUGGAAUCUAUUAUUAAAGAAAUGGUAAUAGGGCACUUAGAAAAUAAGAACAAGGUUGGCAGAGUCAGCAUGGAGUCAUGAAAAGGAAAUCAUGUUUGAUAAAUGGAUUAGAAAUUUUUGAGGUUGUAGCUCUCAGAUUAGAUAAGGAUGAACUAAUAGGUGUAAUUUUUGGACUUUUCAAAGACCUUUCAGAUGGUCACACACACAAAAAUAUUAAAAAUGAAAUGAAGCACAGUGCAUUGGGGCAAAACAAAUCUGCAGAUGCUGGAAAUCUGAGCAACACACACAAAAUGCUGGAGGAACUCAGCAGGCCAGUCAGCAUCUACAGGAAAAAGUACAGUCGACAUUUCGGGCCAAGACUUAGUUGACUGUACUUUUUUCCAUAGAUGCUGCCUGGCCUGCCGAGCUCCUCCAGCAUUUGUGGUUGUUAUGUUAACUGGCCACUGAAAAUUGUCCCUGACGUAUAGGUAAGUGAUAGAAUUUGCAGGAAGUUGAUGGGAAUGUGGGAAGAAUAUAAUGGGAUGCAUGUAGGAGUCGUGUAAAUGAGUGGCUGAUGGUCAGAAUAGACACGAUGGACUGAGGGACCUAUUUCCAUGUUGUGUGACUGUACACUAAGUCUGUUACACCAUCACAAUACAGGAAAUGAAGCAAUCUAUUUACACAUAGCAAGCUUCCAAAAAUAACCUUUGUGAUAAAAUGUUUUAACGUUGUUGGUUGAGGAAUGAGUAUUGGCCAGGCCACCACACCUAAUUCCUUGCUCUUUGAAAUGUGCCAAAAGAUCUUUUACAUCCACCUGAGAGAAUAAACUGGAAUAAAGCAGAAAAUACUGGGACUACUUAAAAGACCAGGUAGCAACUGUGAUGGUGUCAGUGUGUCAGGUCAAAUGACCAUUCAUCAGGACUAUGAAGACCAGAAUGAACGGAUUUGGAUUGAUUGCCUAACACACGGCUUCAAAUGGUAUAGGAUUUCCUCAGUACUGCUUUGCUGUUUAAAAGCAUAAAGACAAAAGUGUUAUUAAGAGUGAAGCAUGUAUAAUUAGUGAUACAGGUAAACAUUUGAAAAAUCUGCCGGUGGUGUGACACCUUUCCUGCCAAUCAUUCCAACUUGAUCACAAAAGCAUAGCUGUAUAUGUGGUAUUAAAUAUAUCUACAAAGAGGAUAUGUUCAGCAUAGUGGGUAUAGAUUCCAAAGUAUAAUUGGAAAAUAGAAGGAUGGGGGCAUCUUGCUCUUGGAGCAGAGAAAGCAACGAGGAAAUUAGAGAAUUUACAAUUAUGAGAGGAAUGCCUCUUUCCAUUGGAUAAUGGAGCAAAGGCUGGAGGAUAUAAUUCCAAGGCAAUUAGCAAAUUAACCGGAGAUGGUAAUGGUGAAUUAUAAAAUGAGUGCUUCGGACAUUGCAGUGCUCUGUGAUAGGUUGCUGCUUCAGAAAGGAAUUGGUUAAAAAUAUUGAGAAGGGAAAAAAUGCUGGAUUUUAGGGGGGAAAGAAGUUCGGGAAACUGGGACUAACUGGAAUCCACUUCUAAAGAUACAGCACAGACUCAAUGGCCUGAAUCACCUCCUUCUGUACUGACUUAUAGGACUAUCACCAUGACUACACACGCCUCUUUCCCCCAUUAGUUCCUACUCUUCAUAAACCUGUCAAACUCCAGGUUGAUAAUUUAUUGCUAGUAUGUAAUACUAAAAUCAAAUUGAAUGAAUCGUGACAUUGUUUGAAAAUGUAGUCCAUUGUAUUUGUGUUCCUGGGCAAUAUUCCUGGGUCAUGCUAUCAGCGUAAUAUUGCUUUUAUAUGGGAGGUGGAAUCUUAACAUCAUAGUUUUGCCCAUGCUACCACCAAUAUAGUUAGCUAAAGAGUGUGAAGACUUGUAAAGAUACCAUUCACUAAGUCACUGCUGGCAAAAUGUUGUGGAGUGAAGGUGCAGCAAUAUGGACAGAGAAAGACAAAAUAUUGUCAAUGCUGGAAGCCUGAAAAAAGUAAAUACUUUGCAGGUCAGUCAGCAUCUGUAGUAAGAGCAGCAGAGUUAACAUUCCAGGUCAAUGAGCUGUUAUAAGAAUGCUAAAGCAUUGAUCACUACCAAUGCUCUGCCAUUGGUGGUUGUGCCUUCAGCUGCUUGGCCUUGUGAUCUAAACUUCCGCACCAGAACUUUCUUUGCCUUGGUCUUCUACUUUAAGGUGCUUUUUUAAAACCUACCUCUUUAUUCAAGCUUUUGGCCACUUGUUUUAAUACUGUCUUGUGGCUCAGUGUUGAUUUUUGUUUGUUGAUGCUCAUGUGAAGUGCCUUGGGAUAUUGUACAACAUUAAAGUUGCAAUAUAAAUGCAUUUUGCUGUUGUUGUCUCUUGAUCUUUCCAUUGGCCUUCUAUACAUUUUCCUGUGAUGGAAUUAACUGAGGUACUGCUUCCAUAGGUGGCACAGUAAACCUUUUUUGGAUUCAGGUAAAAAUCAUGUGCCGGUGCCUAACAUCUGGAUUCAUCAAUGAUGAAUGGUUUUGGUUUGGGUAAUGGAGAUUGAAGGAAAACCAGGGAAAUUCAUUACAAUCACAGCCUCCUAGAGACUCAGGAAUGGCAUUAAGCUCCCCAUUUAUCCAAAAGCUUUUGAGUCCAAUUUCCACCUACUUAAUCUAUUUUAUGUAACCCCUUAGGGUUGGCCAGCACAUGUUUGUCUAGGGGAAGACAACUUCUGGCCCCGCCAAACUGAGAAAUCUCAUUCGUGUGGAUGCUGCGUGAUGUGUUGCCCGGUUACAAAUCCACACCGCAAAAUAUCAGACAGUACACCACAUGCAAUUAAAUGAUUGAACUUUAUAAAUCUUAAUAUGAAAAUAGGAUUAGUAAAGAAAAUAAAAAGAAAGAGGCCCAUUUUUAAGACAAAAGUCAAAAGUGCAUGUUGGAGCUCCCAGCUCACAUUCAUCAACCCUUGACCUCCGAGCGUCGCCGACCUUCGGACCCUUGCUCCCAGUCCACUCCAUCUGGUGGUCUCCCAGCUCUCUCUCCACACGCAUCUUCCUUCUCUCGCCGACCAAAAGACCGCGAAAAUCUCUCUUCCAGACUCACAAGAAACAACGUUUCUCUCAUUGGAUGCCUCCCCCCCACAUUCCAAGCCCUGUUAUCUCCAUUCAUGACCCAAACAUUGCUGCUACAGAGAAACCAUUACAUCAGCAGUGAAACAUUACAGAGAGGCCAUUACAGUAGCAGUGAAACCUGACACUGUGCUACAUUUAAAUUCUUCAGAACCCACGAUGGGAUGACAUUUUUCUUGAUACUGAAUAAAAAAUGUUAAUUGCUUCCAGUAAAAGUAUUUUUUUUACCCUUCCCAUACCUUUGAAUCUUCUCCAUUCUUUUCGUACUGUUUGGUGAGAAGUAAUUUUUGGAGAAUGGCUACUUUUCUUGCCUCCAACCAGUGGUUAAUCUCAGAUUACCCAUGAAGUGUGGACCAUUGGCUAUUUGUUUUCAUGUACAAUUUACAGUCUUGUCAGUACCUCCAGUUGAAUUUUGUCUUUGUGUGUAUUUUCCCCUAGCCAUCAGUCUGUGGUUUUGUAUUGCCAUGUGCUCUUGUUUGUUUUCAUGCCCCAGGUGCUCCUGUCCCUGCUCCUGCUCUACUCCGGCCCCUGUAUUACUGAGUACUCUGUCUCUCAUCUGUUUCUUAUUAUUUCCUGUUUUGCUGUCACUUCUGUCUCAUUGUGCUCCACCUAUCACCUGCCUCUCUGUUUAUUGCUCAGUGUAUUUUAGUCCCGUGUUUUCACCUGUUUGUUUUCAGAUUGUGCCAGUGAAUUUUCCUGAGCCUUUCCAGCAUUCAUACCUGUACUCUAUCCAUCUGAAUAUUGACUCUGCCUGUUUCCCGAUUCUGGUUUUCAGAUUUCUCUGGAUGUUUUGAUCUCUGCCCGAACUUUGACGCCGACUUGGUUUGCACCUCGGGUUUUGUUACUCAAUUAAUAUCACUGGGUGCACAGUACUGGGUCUGCGAUUGAAUCCCUGCUCCAGUGGCCUGACAAGUCCGGACAGAGGUUCUUUGACCCAUCCAGGCCACAGUGAUAUUCUCUCUCCACCAGAGCAACAUCUGAAUCCACAUGCACUAAUCUGUCCUCACUUCUUCCUUUUAAUGAUUUAUCUAACCAACUCUUAAAAUUUAAGAAGAUCUUUGCUUCAGCUACAUUAGUAGUCUAUUGGUCAACCUCCAAAUCCAGAGUUUGUUUAGAGAUACAGCAUGGUAACGGGUCCUUCUAGUCCAAGGAGCCUGCACUGCCCAAUUACACCUAUAUGACCAAUUAACUAACUAAGCCGUACACCUUUGGAAUGUGGGAAGAAUCUGGAGGAAACCAAAGUGGUCAUGAGGAGAAUGUACUAUCUCCUUACGGACAGCAGUGGGAUUGCACUCGGUGCUGGCACUGUGGUAGCAUUACGUUGACCACUACGCUACCGUGCUGUCCACAAAAGUAUUUGGGUCACAAGAUUUUUUAAUCUCAUUCCGGUACACAAGUUUAAAGGAGAACGAAGUUAGUGGUUGUGGGGGGUGUACAGUGGUGGGUUAGUCAGACAUCCCACCCUGCAAAAACUCAUUUCAGGGAGGUAGCACCAAAAAUUUGCGGGAGACUUCCGGGAGAGGUGGGAUGUCUGCAAUCGAGUAGCUCCAUAGCAGCUGGCCAGCUAGUUUAAAUAACGUUAGCUAUGCUAAUGAACGAAUGACACCUGUUAAACUCACCUCAGCAUGUCUUUUACAGUCUUAACCCACCAUGGGCAAUAGAAAAGUCACUGUUGCAAACAGUGCAGCGAGCAACACUGUCAUUAUUUUGACCCCUAUUAGGCAGGGGUACACUUUAGUGAAGUCUGGGGUGACGUACGUUUUAUGUUUUUUUUGGAACACCCUGCCAUGGCGCCUUGCGCUCGCUCUCUCUCGUGGUCACUCUCACACUCUCUCUUGCUUUUCUCUCGCUCGCUCUCAAAAAAAUUGAUCUCUGUGAUAUUGUAUAUAAUUUGCAGGCAUCACGGAGCCACUAUUAAUAUGUGGGAGACUCCCGGAGGUUCUCUGGGGGGGGUUAGUGGAUGGAGGUGUUGAUCAGUCUUACUGCUUGGGGAGAGGAACUGUUUUUGAAUCCGGUGGCACGGGCAUGGAUGCUACGUUGCCUCCUCCCUGAUGGGAGUGGGAUAAACAGUCCAGGGUGGCUGGUUUCCUUUAUGACAUUGCUGGCCCUUUUCCAGCACCUUUCUGUAAACAAGGGUGGACUUAUGGCCCAACAUAACCUUAUUCUUGCAACACACACAGAAUGCUGGUAGAAUGCAGCAGGCCUGGCAGCAUCUAUAGGAAGAAGUAUAGUCGACGUUUUGGGCUGAGACCCCUUGUCAGAACUAGCUGAAAGAAGAGA